AUGGCCAAACCCGCUAGUUUGCACGAAGAGCUUGAAAAGGAUGCCUCACCUUCAGCCUCUGGAGGUCACGAGUACGCAGAUUCCGAGGAGAACUAUAAGCCCAAAACACUCAAGUUUUGGCUCGUCAUCAUCUCGAUCUAUCUGGCCUUCUUCCUUGUUGCUCUCGACCGCAUGAUCAUUGCUACUGCUAUACCGGCAAUCACAAAUACAUACGGCACUAUCGCGGAUAUAGGCUGGACCUUGACCUGGAGAUGGUGCUUCUACAUAAACCUCCCCAUCGGUGCCUUGACGUUCGCAUGCAUAUUCUUCUUUCUGGAUCUCCCUUCAACGCCUAAAGAGAAGCUGUCCAUUCUCGCUCAGCUCAAGCGCCUCGACCCAAUUGGUCUUCUCUUCUUCGUACCAUCCAUGGUAUGCCUUAUCCUUGCUCUUCAGUGGGGAGGUACGACCGAUCCCUGGUCAGCACCGAAAAUCAUCGGCCUGCUCGUCACAUUUGCAGUCACUUUCAUCGCAUUCCUGGCUGUGGAGUUUACGAUGCCGGAUACAGCCAUGGCCCCGCCUCGGGUAAUCUUGAACCGUUCGAUGGGCGGUGCUAUGCUAUUCAUCUUUCUCCUCGCCGGCGGUAUGAUGAACACUGUAUACUACAUCGCUAUCUGGUUCCAGGCUGCCCAGGGCCAGUCUGCCAUGCAGGCCGGUGUACGCACGAUACCGUUGUGCACAUCGCUUAUUGUCGCCGGCAUCAUCACAGCAGUGAUAACUCAGAAGAUCGGUUACUAUGUCCCUGCUAUGCUCCUUUCGGCCGUUGUCGCAUCAAUCGCCAGUGGCCUCCUUUCUACACUUACGCCGGAGUCGAGCGCUGGCGAAUGGAUUGGCUAUCAGAUCUUCUACGGGUGCGGGCUUGGCUUUGGGGCUCAAACAGCGAACUUGGUGCCGCAGACUAUCCUGCCGCGCUCAGAUGUUUCCCUAGGCAUGGCGAUGAUCUUCUUCCUAAAUCAACAGGGUGGUGCUAUCUUCCUCGCUGUUGGACAAAAUCUUUUCUCGACUCAGCUCGUCAAGCAACUAUCGGGUAACUCCAAACUCGAUACUGAACUCAUCAUCAACACCGGUGCAACAGACCUCCGAAAAGUGGUAUCGGCGAACGAGAUCGAUACGGUGGUGUCGGCGUACAGCUACUCAAUAACUCGGACGUUCCUGCUAGCAGCAGCACUCAGCGCUUGCACCAUCAUUGGAGCGUUGAUGGUGGAAUGGAGGAGCAUCAAGGAACGUGCGGGAAAGCCCGCAAAACAUGCGUCGAAAGAUGUAGAGAAAGAGGCUGCUUGA